AUGGGAGCUAACAGCUCAAAAUAAAAUUUUGAAAUAUUAAAUGAAUACAAUUUUCUUAAUGUAGCUUAAGAUGAUGGAUAUGGAUAAAUUCAAUUAUUUAGUAAUAAGAUAAAACGAACUGAUUAAAUGGCACUUAUAAAAUUUUAUGAUCAAUCAGAUAUUGAAAAGAGGGCUAACAUUAUUCAAUUGAGGUAAAUAAUUAUAUUAUGUAGAAAAUAAUAAAAUAAUCAAUACUUUACCAAAAUAUUGGAUUAUUAAGUACAAACAACUGAGGAUUUAUGCAGUAAUAUAAAUCUUUUGCAUGUUGGGUUAGAAUAUUUAGAAAAAAGUUUAUAAGAUGACAUCUUAAAUCGAAGAGCUAAUGAUAGAACGUAUUAAAUUAUAAAAUAUUCUUUAUAGUUAUAAUGAAGGAGAACUUUGGUAUUUGGCAUAAACUAUUCUUUCUGGAUUAAAAGAUCUUUAAAUGAAUAAUCUUUAAUAUCAUGACUUGCAUCCAAAUAAUAUUAGAAUCAAACUAAAUGGUGAAGUUAAACUAUUGGAAUUAUGUUGUUUAGCUAAUCAAUAAAGUGCCUAUCAAAAAGUCUUUACACAAUUAAGGGAAGUUGAAUAUCUUUCCCCUGAGCAAUUGUAUGUAUUAGAAAAUGAACGUUAAAAUGUAAUUAUCAUUAUCUAGAGUUUAAGGAUAAAUAAGAAUAUUCUAUAGAAAAAUAAAAUGUAUUUAUACUUGGUGUUAUUUUCUUGAUUUGCAUAACUAAUAUGGAUGUGAAAAAAUACUAUAAUAAUUUUACUUUUAAUUCUGAAUUAGCCAAUUAAAAAUUGAACAGUGCAUUUGAAAAGUACAAUUACUCUGAUCCAAUGAAACAUUUAUUAAAAGAUUUAUUACAACUCAACACAUAUCAUAGACCUACAUAUCUUGAAAUCUUAGAUAAAAUAUCUCAUGUAGAUUCUAGUAGAAUAUCUCCUAAUUUAUAUGCAUUAAAUAUGCAAGAUUAAGCUAUUAAAUCAACAUUACAUUUUAAGAGUUAAACUAAUUUCUCAUAAGAAUAAAUUAUAGAAAGUUAACCUCAAUCACUUUAUGAGUAACAUAACCUUAUAAAUGAUUCUUUUAACAGAUAAGUUACAUCUAAUUUCUAAGCAAAUUUAGAAUCUGCACCUAUUAAUUUGUAAAACAAUAAUAAUUUUGAAAUUGCUACUUAAUCAAAAUAUGAGUCUAAUUAUUAAUAAGUUUAAUUAACUUCUUAAGCAGGUUUGGAUAAAAUUAGAUAAUUAAAAGAAAGAUUUCAAGUAAUAAAAGGAGAAACUGUUUAAUAAUAAUAAGCAGCCACUGUUCCUACUACCUUUACUCAUUAAGAUGAAAGUGAUACAUAUAGAAUAUCAAAUUAAAAUUUUCAAAAUCCAUAUCAACCAAAUUUUUUAGAAAUGGACCCUGUCAUAUAAAGAGCUCUUUAAAAGAGUAGAGAAAUUAUGUCUAAAUGCAAUCCUUAUUAAACUGCUGAUCCUUAUGUUCCAAUUUUACCAUAAUCAAACUCUUCAUUUUUAGCUUAACCUGGAAUGCCAUCCAAUAUUCAACCAAUAUAGAAUAUAUCAUUAGGAAAUUCUUAACUAAAUUAAUAUUUUCAAACUUCGUAAUAAAAUCCUUAAUUCCAAUCACAAUUUAACUAAUAUAACUAAAUCAAUUAAGUAUAAGCUCCAAUAUAAUAAUUAUAAUAAUCACAAUUUUAAAAAUAACCAACAUUUUCAUAACCAUUCUCUCCAUACCUUUAAUAGAAUGAACAAAUAUCGCCUUUAAAAUAACCAGCCAUUUCCUAAUAUAUUUAAUAAUAACCCAUAACACCUCCAUCAUUUAACUAAUAAUAAUCUAUGUAAAUUAUUUAUUUUAAACUAGGUACCAACCAUAUGUUAGGAAUGAUAGAUUUUCAUGA